UACGCGGAGUUGGCCGAGUAAUGCCGAGUUAAACCGAACUCGGUGGAGGCCCGCAGCCAUGUGUUGUGGUCUGCCGUGAGUGCUUUGUGACAAGGGAGGCGCGGUGUGUCUGCGCUUUUUUUCCUCUCCGUUUAUAACUCUCUCUCUCUCCUCGUUAAUCGGCAAAUAUCGUCGAUAUUUUUUCUUCGCGAAUGAAUACGUCGUCGGAUGGACGACGGCUCGGGAUGAACGUGUAGCCAUGAACGUGUUUCGUUAAACGAGAGUUUGAGACGACGAGGACGACGACGACGAAGACGACGAAGACGAAGACGACAACGACGACGACGACGAAGACGAAGACGAAGACGAAGGACGAUCAUUGGGAGAUAAAGUGUGCGCGAAUGUGAAAACAAAAAGAAUAAAUCGAUCCUUUCUUUAAUCUCGUGAAGUUCGUCGUAGGAGAUCGGUCGAUCGGUUCGAUCGGUCGAACGACGAUAAUCGAAAACAAAAAAACAACAAAAAAAAAAAGGAAAGAAACAAAACAGAAUCGACAGCGACGAGAAAAACGUUGCUUCGAUCUCUCGUCUCUGGUAUUCGCGUUUGGUGCGUGUACGUGUGCGUUUUUUUUCUCGUGUCCAUUGGUCGGUGGUGAGUGUGUGUAACGUGCUUAUCCGUAUAAAUAUAUGUAUGAAUAUAUAUAUAUAUAUAUACACAUACAUAUACAUAAAUCCAUACAUAUGAAUGUGUGUGUCUGUAUAUGUAUAGCUCGUUGUGCCUUGCGUGUGGGUGCGUGAAUGCGUGUAACAUCGUCCGUCUCGUUUCUUAGUACACGGCCAUCUCUCUCUUUCUCUUCGCGUGAGUAACAACGAUCGCCGGCGCACGACGACCAGCGAAGAACGAAGAGAAACGAAACGAAGCGAAGCGAAGAAAAGUGAAUUGAAGGAAAGAGAAGAAUAGAGAAAACAAGAGAAGAAAAGAAGGACGGAUAGAUACGAGAGUAGAUAGAUAAAAUAAGAAGGGGAAGAGAGAGAGAGAGAGAGAGAGGAAGAGGGAGAGAGAGAGAAAGAGAGAGAGAGAGAGAGAAAGAAAGAAGUGAUUGGAUAUAUAUCUACUUGGAAAGAAGACAGGAAUAUAUGUAUGCGUGUGUAUUACGUCCAUCGUUCCCGUCGACACCCCCGCCGGCACCUUUCGACCCCUCUCUCAAAGCUCGGGCCAAGGCUCGAACCAGUGACCGCGGCUUCUCGAGCAUGAAGCAUCGAGAGGAGCAUAGAAGCAGCAGCGAACGUUUUCUCCUAAUUCAAUUUGAAAAGCUUUCUGGAGCGCGUCCAAAAGACGACAUCCCGUAUUCAUGCCGGCGGGAAUGGCACUCGUAACUCAUAGCGACAGAGCUUUGGCCGAGGGAACACUUCGGCGAGACGACUUUCCAGUGGAAGGACAUGUUUUCUUUAUGAUUCGACUUACUACGAAACGUGGUUUAACUUGGCAUGGAAGAAAGAUCAUAGAGGAAUCGCGUGACCGGUGACUAAAAAAAAUGGAGCGACUGUUGUGAAUCCAGGAAGGAAGGAAGGAAGGAAGGACGGACGGACGGAAGGAAGGAAGGAAGGAAGGAAGAAAGAAAGAAAGAAAGAAAGGAAUUAAAAGAAGCUGGGAUCUCGAGCGAUCUUGGCGAGGCUCCCAAAUAUCUCUGGUGUUAUCGGAUAACAUCGCAAAAAGAAAAGAAAUUCGUAAUAAGAUUCGUCGAGUUUGUGUCGGUGAUGUGUCGUGAUAAGUGGUGACCCCGUGUUCGUGGCCCCGUGAGGGCAUAAUCGUCAGUGUUUUAUGUGUCGAUGGUGCAAAGGAGUCUAUACGUUGGAUCUAAAAAGGUUUGGGAUUAUCCAGGAUAUAUGUAGCAUAUAAAUUCGAAUAUAUAUAUAUCAACGGAAUCACAAGAGGGAGAGUGAGAAGAGAAGGAGGUGUAUAAAAAGGUGUUUUUGCGCAAAAAAAAGAAAGAGUUGCUAUUGUGUAGAGAAAGAGAGAGAGAGAGAGAGGGAGAGAGAGGGAGAGAAAGAGAGCGAGAGAAAGAGAGAGAGAGAAAGAGAGAGAGAGAAAGAGAGAGAGAGAGAGAGAGAGAGAGAGAGAGAGAGAGAGAGAGAGAGAGAGAGAGAGUGAGAAGUGUGCGCGCGCGGGUCUUGUUUGGAUAUCAAGAACACCAAAGGAGUAGCCGCGGGGUAAGUGAUGUGUUCGAUGGACGAGGCGCGUCUCGCGGGCGGUGGUCGGGGUAAAACGAACGCGUGUCGCUCGCGCUGCCAUUAUUCGGGAUCCGUGAGAAAAGGCGGGCAGUCGGUGAUCAGGCUGGCGGGUGCCGGGGAAACGUUUCCAAGGGCAUGGCGACCACGCCACUAGGCGGUCGCCUCCCUAACGUUAACCGCAAAGGACCAUCCCCGUGUAUCGGUGGUGGUGGUGCUAGUAGUAACGGCAACAUCAACAACAACAACCACAGCAGCAACGUUAGUAGCAGCAACGGUGGCAACAUCAACGGCAACAACGGUAGCCUUAGUAGCAGCAGCAACAGCGGUGGUGGUAGUAGUAGUAGUAGUAACGGUGGCGGCAACAACAACAACAACAGCGGAUGCAAUAGCAGCAGCAACAACAGCAUAGGAAGUAAUAUCAAUAACAACAACGGUGGUAGUCAGAGAAGGCAAGAACGUAACACGAUCGGGAGAGAUCAUCAUCGGCAUCACCACCAUCAUCAUCAUCAUCAUCAUCAUCACCAUCAUCAUCAUCAUCAAGGUCGAGACAAGUCAGGAGCAGCGGUAGCCGCGCCGACAUCGUCCUCCACCUCCUCUAUUACCUCUAUCUCUUCUUCGUCCGGUUCAUCCUCCUCUUCUAUCUCUUCCUCCUCCUCCUCCUCCUCCUCCUCCACCUCGUCGUCGUCGUCGUCGUUGUCGUCUAGCAGUGCGUGCCAGCAGCGCGAGGCUAAAACAAGCACGGUGGCUGCUAACGCCGGUGAGCUGGAUCCGGCCGCGACUAAUGCGACCAACAACUUCGAGUACGACGACAACGAAUGGGACAUUGGCAUAGGAGAUCUUAUAAUCGAUCUUGAUGCGGACAUUGAGAAGACGAGGGACGAGAAACUGAGCUCCUCGGGGACAGGCAUGGCUUCUACGCCUGCCUCGGCAGCAUCGGCCACGAAUAAUCCGAAUCAUCAUCAUCUUCAAAACUCAGUGUCAGCUUUGAACUCGUCUAACUCGUCCAACUCGGUAUCCGGAGUCGUAUCGUCUGGCGUAGUAUCGAACGCGGUUAAUCAGUCAUCGUCCUCGUUAUCGUCCAAUUCGAAUUCGUCGAACUCGUCUAACGUCUCGUCGUCCUCGUCGUCCUCCUCAGGCUCGUCCUCGUCGUCGUCCUCCUCCUCUUCGAACUCUUCCUCGUCCGGUGGUGCCGGUGGUGGUUGCGUCGUCGGUAAUUCGGGAAACGGCCGAGCCCAAAGCCCCUGUAGCUUAGGCGCAGGUGGCAACGCUCCUACGGCGAACGGGCCGAUCGUCAUCGGCGGUAACAACGGUACUGGUAACAAUCAGACGAGCAACGGUUCGACCUCUUCGCAGGUGCAGCAGCUAGUUACGGGAGGAAAGCAAGGGUCCGCGACUGUAGUGGGCGCGGUAAACGCCGUGGUACACGGUAACGCCGGAAAUCCCGGCAAGAUGGCCGUUGAACAUUCGGCGACCGUCGACAAGGGCCUCAAGAUGAAGAUCAAGCGUACGAAGCCCGGCACGAAGAGCAGCGAGGCCAAGCACGAGAUCGUUAAGUCAAACGAGAUCAAUGGUACGGCCUCCUCCCAGGAUAGCAACAACGGAUCUUCCCAAUCGUCGAGCUCAACAUCGGGUUCGGCGACAUCGGGCUCAUCGUCGACCUCCGUCGGGCAAAACUCUCAAAAUUCGGAGUGUGUAAGCGGUGCAGGUGGUGGUAGUGGUGGUGGUGGUGCCGGUGGUGGAAGUGGUGCUGGUAGUGGUGGUAGUGGUGGUAGUGGUGCCGGUGGUGCCGGCGGCGGUGGUAGCGGUACCACGGCCGGUCAAACCGGUGCCACCGGACAAUCGUCUUCCUCGAACAAAUCUAAACCCAGCCAUUCGCCGGCCUCGGCGACCGGGACGGGAAACGCGCAGUCCUCGACGGCGGGCUCGAAGCGCGGCUCGAGCGGACAUCGCCGUGAAAAGGCUCGUGACAAGCACGAGAAACCACAGAACAAUCACGCGCCGCAACAAUCGAAACCGGAGAUGAACGGAACGGCGAGGCCGCCGGCACCUCAGAGUCAAAACUCGGCGGGACAAGCAACCCAGUCGCAGGGACCGACGCCGGCAGCGACGGCGCCUCAACAGACUCAGGGACCACCGCCUAGCUCAAGGACGGGCUUUUCUGUCUCGCAAGGAGCCGGACCACCGGCAACUAGCGCCGCGGCGCCUUGUCCUCCGCCGAGCCCGGCCAGCGCAACGGCAGCUGGGGCCCCGGCCAAGCCGGAACAGACCAAGGUGGCCUCCGUACCGGGACCACCCCUUACUACGCCGGCCGAGGAGGCCAUGGACACUGCGGCUAGUCCUCCUCCGGCCAAGAAGAUGAAGACGUCCAAUACGGAACCAAAGGACAUGUCCGACGUUUGCGUUGGGACCAGCGUGGGGACCAUUACCGAGCCUGAAUGUUUGGGACCCUGUGAGCCUGGCACAUCGGUCACGCUCGAGGGUAUCGUUUGGCAUGAGACCGAAGGAGCAGGUGUAUUGGUCGUGAACGUAACGUGGCGGGGUAAGACGUACGUCGGUACUCUAUUGGAUUGUACACGACACGAUUGGGCACCUCCAAGGUUUUGCGAUUCACCGACGAGCGAUUUGGACGCACGUACACCUAAAGGUCGUGGAAAACGUGGUCGGGCAGCAGCAAAUUCUACACCGGGCAACGAUCUCAGUAAUUUCACCGAGACAAGGAGUUCGGUGCACAGUAAAUUACGAAAUGGCGGUGCAAAAGGUCGAAGAGGUGCUCAGGGUUCACCGGCGGCGAGUCCAAGUCCGGCUGCCUUUGUGCCGCCGAGAUCGGAUCCAGCUGCUAAGAGAAAAUCUCGUGGUCCAGAAGAAGAGGAGAAGAAUAAAAGACGGGCACCACCUCCUACGCCUCCUAGUGGUUCGCCUCCGGCGAGCCCGGUCCUUUUGGAGUGUCCCGAACCGAAUUGUAGUAAAAAGUACAAACACAUAAAUGGACUGAAGUAUCAUCAGAGUCACGCGCACGGUUCCGCGGACGACGACGAUACGAAGGAGGGCAUCACUAGUAUGUCCGAGAACGACGAGAGCAACAUAGAAGCUCCGAGUCCAGCCACGCCGGUGAAGUCUCCAGCGGACAAGCCGGAAGGAACCCCUGUCAGAGCGGCGAGUCCACCGGCGACGAGUUUACCGCCAGAGACACCACCGCCUCCACCUCGGGUACCUUCUCCUAGUAUAGAGACACCUAUGCCAGUUUUAACCUCGGACAAGGCUAUCGUCAAACCUGGUGUUUUAAGGUUCGGCCAAGACGAUUUACCUGCUCCUACGUCCGCGGCACCGCCUUCCUCGAGACAACAAAGUAUCCAGCAACAACAACAGCAGCAACAACAACAGCAACAACAACAGCAGCAACAACAGCAACAGCAACAACAGCAACAACAACAACAGCAACAACAAAGUCAACCGUCGAUAACAUCGACGAAUCCACCUCAAAGUCCGAGUCCUCACCCAAGUCAAUCUCCCAGGCCCGUGCCUUCGCCACAUCCCAGUACAAACAUACCGCAGCCACUCAAUAUACCUCAACCUCCUCAACCUUCUCAAGUUCAACAACAUCAGCAACAAAAUCCGUUGUUGCAACAAGCCCAACAGACGUUACAAACCGGACCACCGCCUCAACUGCAAUCGAGUCAACAGCAGCAACAACAGUUACAAUCGUCCGUACAGCAACAAUUGCCGCCGGCACAUCAGUUGCAAUCUGUACAGCAUCCCUUGUCCACGCAGUUGGGACAACCAACUCAAGCGCAUGUUAUUCAGCAGCCAACUUUACAGCAGCAACAACAAAGUUUGCAAAGUAUGGCGAGUCAGCAUCCAGGUCUUCAAGGUCUUACCGGACAAGUUUCACAACAAACGGGUCUACAAACCGGGCCUCCGACGACUGGACAUCCUGGACAAGGUGUACAAUCUCAUAUGCAACAGUAUCCAAGCGUUUCGCUGCACACGAAGAUGCCACAAUUCAAAGUAAAGCCUACUGCGGCAUUGAUGCCAGAGCAGGAUAAGAGUAAGGACCCGCGAACGCCGAAGCCGCAAGGUUACAAAAAGAAAUCGAAAAAAUCACCCGGUGGAAGUCCGCAUCCUUCGCCUUUGGAAACGCCGAUAGUCGAUUCCGCGAGGGAAGACGUCCAAAGUCCGGCCUACUCGGACAUAUCGGACGACGCGGCGCCUGUUCUCGAGGCAGAACCCGCCGACAAGUCGAAACAAAAUCAAGAAAAGGACAACAAGACUAGCGCGCCGACGCAUCUACCUGCUCACUUUGGAAUGUACCCGUAUUACGGUCAACCUCCUUACUUGGUGCCUAGCGUUCAGGACAGCAAGUCGGUCGAUCAGAAACCGAGCGAUCUCACGCCAAAACAGGAAAUGAAACCUUUGAACAUACCGCAGAUGCCAUCGAUGGCGAGUUUGCAAAGCGUCGUCUCGGAGAAGGAAAAGAAGGAACUGAGUCAACCCUUGCCUCAACCUCAACAGCAGCCGCACUAUUACGGUGGUUACGGUGGCUACAUGCCUCCUGGCUAUCCGUAUCAGCCACCGCAAGCGAUUUCCCAACAACAACAGCAACAACAACAGAAUCAACAAGUGCAGGAACAAGAGGCGCAUGAGCAAAAGGCAAAGAUGAAGCAGGAACCACAAUCGCAACAACCGAGCUUGAAAGACAAACAACACGAAAACCAUCAGAUACUAAAGGAAAGUAUCGAGAUGAAGAGUCAAAUGAGUCCUUAUCACGUGUACCACGGGACGCAAAGUCAAAGAGCAGCGCCUCCUCCACCACCUCCUGGUCCUGUACAAGAUGAUAGGAGGUAUUACCUUUAUCCCGGAGAGCAAAGGCGAAAAGAAGAGUCGAACAAACAAAGUCAACAAGCAAAAGCUCCACCCCCGAGUCCGAAGCAUCAACCGAAGCAAGAAAAGCCUCAGGAUUUGGGCAAGAGCGACGACUCGAAAAACAAGCAAGAAGGCGUGAAGCCUACAAUGGAGACUCAGGGACCACCGCCACCGCCAACAUCGCAAUACGCGUAUAUACAUCCGGGAUAUAUGCAGCCACAGCAUUACGGUGCGCUACCCUUCGACCCUGGCCAUCCAGUUUACAGAGGUUUAAGUCCUAUGUUGGUACCUGGACCUUACUCGGGUAGUCCUUACCUGCAUCAGUUGCCUAGGUAUCAUGCACCAGAGGAUCUAAGCCGUCCACCGGGUGGCAAGGCCCUCGAUCUUUUGCAGCACCACGCGAAUCAGUAUUAUUCGGCGCACAAGAUCCAUGAACUCCAGGAACGUGCCCUGAAGUCGCCGACGCCAAAGACGUCCGCGGCAUCUGCCAGUCCGUCUUCGGCAGGGCCAACACCUGCCAGACCACCUAGCGGACCACCGACUUCGGUAGCGGGGCCAGGUCCACCGCAGGGUCAAGGUCAACAGCCUGGAAAACAACAAGGACAACCUGGAGGUCAGCAGCAACCAUCUGGCCCAGUCGAUACCGGUAGCGGGAAUCUUGGAAAGGACAGCAGAUCUCCACCACCUCAGAGACACGUGCAUACACAUCAUCACACGCAUGUGGGAUUAGGCUAUCCCCUUUUAACGGGACAAUACCCCGCUCCUUACGGAGCGGCAGUGCUAGCGAGUCAGCAGGCCGCCGCGGUAGCCGCCUCGGUGAUCUCGCCAUUUCCGCCCAAGUGACCCGCGGCCCCCGGUCCCGUACUAGCCGGUGGAACCGGCGGAACCGCCGGAAGCAGCUCCGCACAAACUCACCACGCGCCGCAUCCGGCCUCGAGCGGUGCCGUCGCGAGCAGACAGCCCUAAGGAAAAUCCCUAAGGAACUUUCGAGAGGAUCGCCUCAUCCUUUUCCUUUCAAGUCAAUUUAUUUGCUGACACCAUUUCUCUCUCUCUCUCUUAAUACCUUCCUCUCUCUCUCUCUCUCUCUCUCUCUCUCUCUCUCUCUCUCUCUCU